UCAGGAAUCAGGAUCGGCCAGAAAAACCAUUCCUGAUCAGACGACACCAUUCCUGAUCUUCAGGUAACCUGAUCUCAUUUCUGAAAGCCGCUUCCUGUGCCAUGCAAGUAGCCGUCUUAAUUAGGGAGCCGAUCCGAAUCGCGGAUCCAACGGAUCCAGUAGUCUUAAAUCUUGGCCUCUGCGGCUUACUGAAGCCUCUGAUACGGUCAUGAAUCCUCUGCGGCUUACAACAAUUCAAUCAUGCGAUUGGUCGGUACUAGAUACACCCGUCUCACGGGUUCGUCGUUCCUAGUCGCUAGAACUACCUAGAGCGGAACGGCUUGUUGGCCGAAGGUGAUUUUUGAGUCGACUAAAAAAUCACGAGCGGGACGUCUAGUUGGCCGGAGUUGGCCGGAACGUCGAGCUGGAACUACCUUGAGCGGAACGUCUAGUUGGCCUUGACAUUUGCUAAUUGCUCCGAUUCUUUCCUUACUCGCGGAUUAAUUCAUUAACAGGGCGAAAUGUCGCUGUUUGGGGGUUUCAAGCCUUCCACGCCGGCCGCUUUAGGGACCCAAACCUCCGCUUUAAGCACACCCGCAACAAGCACCCCGUCAACCCUACAACAGCAGCAGCAACAGCAGCAGCAGCAACAACAACAGCAACAACAACAGCAGCAGCAGCAGCAGCAGCAGCAGCAGCAGGAGCAGCAGUUGACUCUGGCCAUUCAGCAGGGUCAAGCGCAUCUGCUGACGAAUAACGAUCCCAGUCGAGGGGGUCCGCAACCGGCGGGGUUCGACACUAAGUUCAGCGAGCUUCACCCGGACAGCCAGAAGAUCCUGACGCACAUAGAGAGCAAGGUGUUGGAGCUUCGAGCCGAGAGCCAGAGGCUGGGGCAAUCCAGUCGACUGCAGGAUGUGUCACAAUUGGCGGACAAUGCGUUUGAGCGACAGGCAGCCAGAGUCAGCCAGAGCCUGUCGCACAGCCUGUCGCACGUGGCAUCAAGAGUAGACACGGAGCGAGCCUCCCUGCACCACAUGCUGCACACGGCGCAGCACCUGCUGCACCACAGCGACCUGGCAGUGCGCUCCUUCUCCCUCCUGCGCUCCAGAUUCCCUCACCUCCCCGGCAUCGACCCAUUGCCACCAGCCCCAUCUCACCCCGACAUCUACCGUGGAAUCCCCUCGCUCCCGUCUCCUUUCCUCAUCGACACAGUCGCGCGCUUCGAGGUCAAACUCACCGAGUACCGCCACAAGCUGGCCGAGCUGCAGGGGGUGGUCGAAACCGCCCUAGGGGACAGCACCCGGCUCGGUGCCGGAUACUCCCGAGCAGCAGCGGCAGCGGCAGCAGCAGCGGUCGAGGCAUUACCGGUGAUUAUAAAGAACCUGCAUGAUUUCUUUAUCCACGUGGCGGCUCAGGUGGAGCGAGUACAUGAGCGGGUGGACGCAGCACGGACAGCUUUCCUGGCUGAGCGGCGCAGGAGGGGCGAUCGCAGCAACCCGUUUGCAGAGGCAGACAGGGUUGAAGCUGCUGCUGCUGCCAGCAAGAAGCCAUCCCUUUUGGGGCCUGCUGCUGCUGCUGCCGCUGGCACUUCUGGCGCUACUGCUGGUGCCACUGCUACUGCAGCAGCAGCAGGCAGUGGGAUUCUGUCCUCUCCGCUCUCUCUCCUCCCGGGAACCACCACUCCUGGCGCCUCCCCGUUCCUCCCAAGCCCUGCCGGACUCCUCCCCCCUUCCACAUCCGCCACCCCAUCACUCUUCGGCAACCCCUCCUCUGCUACCGCCACCUCCACUCCCGGCCUCUCUCUUUUCGGUACUCCUGCCUCCGGGGCUGCAGGCAGCACCCCUGGCACGUCGCUCUUUGGCUCCUCCACUCCCUCCCUCUUCGGCGCUGCUGCUGCUGCUUCGUCCCCCGCUCUCUCCUUUGCCACUCCCGCCACCAGCACCACAUCCCUCUUUGGCACGCCAACCCCUGCAGGAGCAGGCUCGUCCCCCGGCUCCUCUCUCUUCGGCGCCUCUGCCUUCGGCGGUACUGCUCCCUUUGGUGCCGCUACUUCUGCCUUUGGAGCGACACCAUCAGCAGCAGCAGGUUUCCCUGGCUUGCCUGGUGCUGCUGCCGCUACCCCGUCUCUGUUUGGUUCGCCCGCGGGGGCGGCAACUGGGGGUCUGUUUGGGGCAGCAGGUGCAGGAGCGUCUCCCUUUGGGACUCCUUCGGCUUCGCCCUUCGGUGCUGCUGCUGGGUCACCCGCAGCAUCUCCUUUUGGGGCUGCUGCCACUACCCCUACCACGUCACUGUUUGGUGCUCCUGCUGGGGGUGCCGCGCCUGCAGCUGGCGGCUUGUUUGGUGCUCCUGCCACUCCCACUCUCCAGCCUGCCGCCCCGAUGCCAUUCGGUUUUGGCAACACAAGUCAAACGACCACAACCCGUUCCAAGUCGCGCGGCUCAUCUAGAAGACGCUGAGAGGGGGGUUUGAAUCUUGAGAUAGGAGAACAAUUAGCUGGUGUCCUGUAUUAGGAUUGUUAAUCAAUUUUAUUGAUUUGGUGUCCCAAGGAGUGAGCGACGGAGCAACUUGGUUGGUUCGCCGUGCCACGAAGGCUUCCACACGUGGAUUUUACGGGUUCUAACGACCACUCCCUUGAUGUUGGAGGGUUGCGCUAAAAGCGUGCUGUUGUGACGUGGCGUGAA